AUGUCCAGCAUUGAGGGGCCGGGAAACCCUGAAGAGAGUGUGGCCACCUGGGCAUCUGGGGAGCCAGGGCUCGUGGGUGGACGGAGGAGGACUCCUCCACUGAAGCCUUCCAGGCUCUACAAGCCUCCAACUUCAAAGCCGUUCAGUCCCAACACCCGGAGGGUAACUUUCAACUCUGAUGUGGAGCGCUAUUUCUAUGUUAAUCACACCAGUCCAGAAGACCUGGAGCCCAAGAAGGCAGAGCCCAAGGCUGAUGGCGUCUGUGUCUUUAAAUGCCUACUCAACCGAGACACCGAAUGUUGCCGGGUGGGGAAGGAAUCCGUCUUGAUUACCCUGGGGUACAACAGUGCUCUGCUGAAGUUUGAGUCUUACGCUGAAUUCAGCGCAUUUUCAAAUACCUUGAAAAGGUGCCGGAAUGAGAAAAAGAAAUACUCAGUGUUUAACCAGCGGACAGAAGAGGCGUCUGCCACACAAUACUUCCAGUUUUAUGGCUGCAUUUCCCAGCAGCAGAACAUGAUGCAAGAUUUUGUGAGGACAGCCACUUACCACAGAGCCAUCCUCCAGAACCACGUUGACUUCAGAGACAAGGUCGUUCUAGAUGUUGGUUGUGGAACAGGAAUCCUGUCGUUUUUUGCUGUACAGGCUGGAGCCAGGAGAGUCUAUGCAGUUGAGGCCAGCUCAGUAGCACAAUAUGCUGAGAUACUAGUGAAAAAUAACCAUCUUUCAGACAAGAUCAUUGUUCUGCCAGGGAUAAUUGAAGAAAUCUCACUUCCCGAGGCUGUAGAUGUGAUCAUUUCUGAACCAAUGGGAUACAUGCUGUUCAAUGAAAGGAUGCUGGAGAGCUAUCUUCAUUCCAAAAAAUGGCUGAAAGCAAAUGGAAAGAUGUUCCCGACAUUCAGUGACAUCCACUUGGCCCCCUUUUCUGACGACCAGCUCUACAUGGAACACUACUCCAGAGCCAACUUUUGGUACCAGCAGUGCUUCUAUGGGGUCAACCUGUCCAGUCUCCGGGCUGCUGCAGUGGAUGAAUACUUCAGACAGCCAAUCGUUGACACAUUUGACAUUAGGAUUUUGAUGGCUCGAUCAGUCAAGUACACAGUGAACUUUAUGGAUGCAAAAGAGGCAGAUCUCCACAGAGUAGAAAUCCCCUUUGUGUUUCAGAUGACACAGUCUGGCCUCAUCCACGGCCUGGCGUUCUGGUUUGACGUGGCCUUUGUCGGAUCUCUGGUAACAGUUUGGCUGUCCACAGCCCCAACCGAGCCUCUGACCCACUGGUACCAGGUGCGGUGCCUUCUUCAGACUCCUCUCUUUGCCAAGGAAGGGGAAACCCUCUCAGGGAGAGUGCUGUUCGUAGCCAAUAAACGACAGAGCUAUGACAUUCAGAUCGUGGCACUGGUAAACCAGACGGGUUUCAGAUCUGGGAACAUCCUUGAUUUAAAGAACCCUUUCUUCAGGUUUGCUUAGAAGAUCAAUAAGUAAAAUGAAGGCCUGAGAAGUCCCUCAACAUUCAAGUUCAUGUCUCCUGUUUCAAACAUGCAUUCUGAAUUUUACAAGUAUAUUAGCUUUAUUUAUUUAAAGUUGUUUGUUUGUUUGUUUUUUCUAACUCUAAACUGCCCAUCCUAAUUUUGUUGACAAGUCUAUUUCUUGUGGCUUCUUAGACUGGCUCUUUAUCGCUUUUUGCAUGUAGUUGAAAAACAAUUUUUUAAAAAUUUUUUGGUUUCUGUUUAUUUUUACUUUAGUAAAGCCAUAAGCAUCGCUUCAAGUUCUGACGUAUUUAAAAAAGACAGUUAACAAAACCCUACCUCAUGUUUAUAUGUAUGCAUAUGUACAACAUGACAUAGACCAUGUUAGAAGGGAUCUUCUAUUUGCAAUUUUAAUCUAUUUUUGCAAAUAUCUGCAACAAACCAAUAGCUGUUCCUAGUUCAGCAGUGUGUUAAAGAUUUUUUGCCUAUUCAUGUAAUGGAAUAAUUCGAUGUCAGGAAUGUUCUUCAUUGGCAAUAUUUGAUGACUCUGUACAUAGUUAAGAAAAUGCAGAUGGAACCUUUGUCAGUCCUCUUAGGUCUACAAUAAAGAGUACAGUGUGACAUACCA